AUGUUGAAUGACAAGCAACAAGCAACGAGUUACAUGCAUGCCACUCCUAAAGAAGACAUAUCUUCUAAUAUAAACCGUCGAAGAAGCGCGAGAGAAACUAGGUUUGGGUGCGCAAGGACGAUCGAGCAGCCAACCGCUACCGUUAGACGACCAACCAACAAACGCUUUUCAGAAAGUCAAGCAAGAGAAGGCAAAGCAAGAGUGCAAGACGAUGGACUUUCAGACUUAAGUGACAUUUUGGGUGAUCUUAAAGGCAUGGCCAUUGAUACGGGAUCCGAGCUCGACAAGCAAAACAAGGCUCUUGAUCAUCUUGACCACGAUAUUGAUGAGCUUAACUCUCGUGUUAAAGGAGCUAAUCAACGGGCAUAUCAAUUGCUUUCCAAAUAA